CCUGUCAGUGGAUCACAUGAUAUGACAAAGCAGUUAGCGGCUUCCUUCCAGACGGCAGCAGGGACUGCGGCUACUGACUCCUCCGAGAUGCUGGCCCUCAUCAACAGACUGCUAGACUGGUUCAGGUCGCUGUUUUGGAAAGAAGAGAUGGAGCUCACGUUAGUUGGACUGCAGUACUCGGGGAAGACCACAUUUGUCAACGUGAUUGCUUCGGGGCAGUUCAGCGAAGACAUGAUUCCAACAGUUGGUUUCAACAUGCGGAAGGUCACUAAAGGCAAUGUAACAAUAAAGAUAUGGGACAUAGGUGGACAGCCCCGCUUCAGGAGCAUGUGGGAGCGCUACUGCAGAGGAGUCAAUGCUAUAGUUUACAUGGUGGACGCGGCAGACAGAGAGAAAAUAGAAGCAUCCAGAAACGAACUGCACAACCUUUUAGACAAACCACAGCUACAAGGAAUCCCUGUUUUAGUCCUGGGCAACAAGCGGGACCUGCCCCACGCGCUCGACGAGAAGCAGCUCAUCGAAAAAAUGAACCUUUCUGCCAUUCAGGACCGAGAGAUCUGCUGCUACUCUGUGUCCUGCAAAGAGAAAGACAACAUCGAUAUCACACUGCAGUGGCUCAUCCAGCAUUCAAAGUCACGACGAAGCUGAAAGUGCAACCUACCCCCCCCGUUCCCCACCACCACCACCACCUAUGCCCGGUCGCAGCGCUGGCCUCAGCCCCCCCCCCUCCCCCGUUCUUUCCAUCUUCGGUCAGGGGUCCUCAACAGUCCCCCUUUGCACUGCCUCUGUGAAGUAAUCCAGCUCUCUCUGCUCACUACCGCCCCCUGCGCCAUCUUGUACACUACCGUAGACGUGUGUCCUCCUGUACAGCACCACCCGGAGCCUCACUGCUGUGACAGCGGGGGGGGGGUCUUCUCAGUAGCCGCUGCCAUCGUCUGCUCCGAGUCUGUGUGCGUCGUGGAGGCUUCUUCUUCUUCUUCUUCUUGUUAAUGCUUUCCAGGAAUCUCGCCGGUACUGCAGUGUGCUGCUCCCCCAACAUCACACGCCUAACUCUGUUGCCUGUCAGCAUCCAGUGCUUACUCGGCAUCGUGCGAUUGUAGCUCUGAGCGGGUUUUUUUUGCCAAACGCCGACGGCUGCUUCCGCCCAUGCCUUCUUAAAUCCCGAUAAUCUCUCCGCGGUGUCGCGCUCUGUUUGCUGGGUGUCUUUAAAUUUAAGUUUACACGCGACUUAUAAUAUCGGCAGAGGUGAUAUUUUGGCGCGGCUGUUGUGUCUCCAGGCGAAAUCCCCCGAGCCAAAUUUUAAGUGCCUUUUUGCGAAAGCGUCCCAAUCAGACGGUUAUUGCCCAAGCAAGCUCCCAGGCCGCUAUGGCAACCAGACGCUCAGAACAAACACGGCCCAGAUCCCUUGAUUACUCUCAACAGCACCUCUCGACAAUCUGCUUUCGCGCUCUGUAAUCGCAUAAACACUUUACGGCGUCUGGGAAGUGGCAGCACUGUCCCGAUGAGGAGAAAAUGUUACAUGUGUGCUCGCUGGGGCAUCGGAAUGAGGCUUCGCUUUAGGAUUUGAAUCAUGUCUGUAGCUUUGAGAGAUGGGCGUUCUCAGCUCUGACUGUUCAAGUGCUUUUAAGCCAGGAGCCUGAGCGCAGGGUACCUGCACCCAGAUGUCUCUCUUUAAUGGGGUGCUUUACCUGUAGGGGGCGGGCAACAGGAAGCCAGCGUUGGUCACGGAGGGAUGAGAGGUUUUCCUUCCUUCGCAACGCCUCUGUUCAAAUUCUGUAAACGCCGCGUCAGGCAAAGAGCCGAUGAACCCUUUUACGCGGCUUCGCGUUUCAUCAUCCAGACUAAUUGGUCAAACCGAUAUCCACUCAGCUGGUUGAUGCAUCUCCUCCACCUGGAGCGGGUUCGAAUCGUCUCCCUGCAGGAUCUCGGCGCGGCGCCGGAGCCACGCCCACAUCCCACGCCGCUCUGCGUUACCGCAUGUUGUCCAUACGUCGAUUGUUGGGACCACAGCAGCAGCAGCAGCAGUGAGGGGCUGUUUAAUUGGCCGACAGCGUGGCUCGUCUUACAGAAGGCUUUUGUUACCUGUGAAAUAAAUUUAGCCUUUCUUUUUUUUUUUUUUUUGCAAUAUUUGUAUCUGCAUGUGCUGGGCCUGUUCACGUUCAUCCGUAGACUUUGUAAAUAAGACGUUAGCAUUUUUAUUCAAAUAAAUGCGCCUGUAGAAGUCAUGCAUUCUCUCCCUGUGAUUGCCAAUAAAUUUGUUUUUAUUUAUAAGGA